AUGCUAACUGCUGUAGAACAAGGCUCUAUGCCUGGAUCUGAUAGAGAUACCUCAGAUAACAACACCUUGACAGGUCGCGAUGAGGAGGAAAUCUCCCGCGUAAAGACAUCAGCCUCAAUAGCAGAUUCUUUCUCACUAUCACGCGAAAUCCUAUUCGUAUCCAUUAUCUGUAUGGCUCAGUUCAUGACACAGGGCGCCCUUGGCAACUGUCUUAAUCUCAUCCACAUUAUCGGCGACUCAUUCGGCCUCAGCAACCCAGCCGAGCUAAGCUGGCUUAUCGCUGGGUACAGCCUCACGGUCGGAACUUUUAUUCUCUUUGCUGGACGUCUUGGAGAUAUCUUUGGCUACAAGUGCAUGUUCCUUAUCGGAUUCGCUUGGUUUGCUGUCUGGUCAAUGAUCUGCGGUCUUGCCAACUAUUCCAACCAUGUCCUCUUCAUAUUUGCAAGAGUCUUCCAGGGUAUCGGACCAGCACUGGUUAUGCCAAACGGUCUUGCUAUUCUGGGCGCAUCAUACAAUCCCGGUGCUAAAAAGGCCAUCGCUUUUGCCCUGUUUGGCGCUUGUGCCCCUGGCGGUUGUGUUUUCUCUGCCGCGUUUGCUGGACUCUUCGUCCUGGGCGAUCCUAGCUGGUGGCCUUGGGCCUUUUAUUCUUUCGCCCUUGGCCUGGCCUUAAUUGCCGUUAUGGCCUACUUUAUCAUUCCCGACCCACCACACAAGCUUUCAUCGGCCGACCUAACAUGGGGAGAGAUCAUCGGUCAACUGGAUCUCCCAGGUGCCGUGACUGGUAUUACUGCCCUCGUUCUCUUCAACUUUGCCUGGAAUCAAGCUCCUAUCGACGGUUGGGACAAGCCCUGGGUUAUCGUGACGCUGAUUCUGGGAGUUCUGAUGGUUCCCGUCUUCUUUUACGUCGAGCUACGCGUUGCCUCGCAUCCUCUUAUCCCCUUUGACGCUUUGACGAGCGAUGUUGCCUAUAUCCUGGCUUGCAUUGUCUGUGGUUGGGCCACAUUUGGUAUCUGGGUUUACUACACAUGGCAGUUCUUCCAGCUGGUUCGGGGAGCCUCCCCUCUCCUUACAAGUGCUUGGAUGAGCCCUGUGGCUAUUUCCGGAGCUUGCGCCUCGUUGACGACAGCCUGGCUUUUACACGUUUCGCACCCUGCGUUGGUCAUGCUACUUGCUCUUGGCGCCUUCACUACAGGUACCAUUCUUAUGAUGACUGCUCCCAUUGAGCAAUCCUACUGGUACCAAUCUUUCUUCGGCCUUAUUGUCAUGACAUUCGGUAUGGACAUGUCCUUCCCUGCUGCGACAUUGAUUCUUUCCAACUCUGUCUCCAGAGAGCACCAGGGUAUCGCAGCAAGUCUUGUUAGCACCAUUGUCAACUACAGUAUCAGUCUUGGCCUGGGUUUUGCCGCCACGGUUGAGGUCAACAUCAACAAGGGCGGAGAGUCCCAGGCAGACUUGCUGAAGGGAUACCGUGCGGCGUUCUACAUGGCUGUUGGAUUUGCUGGACUAGGAUUCGCUAUUAGCAUUGUUUACUUUGUUAAGAGCAUGUGGAGGCAGAAGAAGGCUCCGCAGUAA